AUCCAAUGCAAGAUGCUGCAGCUCCAGCUUGUGGUGGUGCAUUUGGCCCUCAUGGUCACCAUGCUGCAGAGGCACUCUGGCUCAGUGAUCCUCGCCAAGGCUGUGACAGAGCCUUUGGAGCCUUCUGCUGCUCAGGGCAUGGGAACACAUCCCAUUGCCAGUGAAGAGAAGUCAGCCACCAGCCUGGCAGCCAAACUGUUCCUUCUCGACGAGCUGGUGUCUCUGGAGAAUGAGGUGACCGAGACCAAGAAGAAAAGAAGUUUCCCAGGAUUUGGCUCCCCUAUUGACAGGAUUUCUUCGACCUCUGUGGAUGCUAAAGGCAAACAGAGGAAAGUGGUUGAGCUGCCUAAGAGACGGUUUGGAGUUCCUCUUGACCGGAUUGGAGUGAGCCGUCUGGGCAACACCAAGGGUUAGCAGUUCCUGCAAGUGCUUCUGUUCUGAAUGACUGACGCUGUAUGGGAAACAUUACAGGAAUACGGAAGAUGCAUCACAGCACGUCUUGUCAUUGACCAAUGAUUCAAUGCUCAACGAAUUGA